AUGACGAGCACCAAGAAAGCCGUCCUAAUCACUGGCUGCACCCCCGGCGGAAUCGGACAUUCCCUCGCCCUCACCUUCCAUUCCCGCGGCUACAACGUCCUUGCCAGCGCGCGCUCCCGCUCCAAAAUAGUUGAUCUCGCCGAAUUGGGUAUUACAACCCUAGCUCUAGAUGUGACGGAUAUAACGAGUAUUGAGAUGGCGAGGACGGAGGUGGAGGGGAUGAUUGAACGGGGAGAGAUGGGGGGUCUGGAUGUGUUGGUCAAUAAUGCGGGAAGAAAUUGCACAAUGCCGGCUUUAGAUGUAGAUCUGAAUGAUGCGCGCGCAUGUUUCGAAACGAAUGUUUUUGGCGUCAUGGCUAUGUGCCAGGUGUUUACCCCGCUGUUGAUUAGGCGGAAGGGACUUAUUGUUAAUAUUGGGAGUGUGGCUGCUAUCCUCCCCUACAUAUUUGGCAGCACCUACAACGCCAGCAAAGCCGCCCUACACGCCUAUUCGCGCACACUGCGUCUCGAACUCGCCCCAUUUUCCGUGCGCGUCAUGGUUGUUAUUACCGGAGGCGUGCAAUCGAAUAUUGCACGGGUACAACGGAUAUUACCACCCACAUCACUGUAUCUAGAAAUCGAAGAUGAGUUUCGGAAGAGAGUGGUGCAUAGUCAGGAGGGAGCGAUGUCGAAUCAGGUGUAUGCGGAGGGCGUGGUGGAUACGGUUGCAGAGGGGGGGAGGAGGACGUUGUGGAGGGGGAGGAGGAGUUGGGUGGUUUGGUUUGUGAGGAAGUGGGUGGGGAGCUGGGUUUUUGAUGUCGUGUUGCCGGGGAUGUUUGGGUUGAGGAGGUUGGGGGGGUUGGUGAGGGGGAGGGAGAGUUUAAGGGUGGAGGAUGGGAACGGGGAGAAAGGGGAGAAAGGGUUGUGA